CCUCUUAUUGUUUAUGACUGUUCACGAAGUUGUGGUGUCGUGUUCGAAAAAGAUGCGAUGGAACAAUUUGAGCAGGUGUGUCGGAAAUUGCAGUGAAGUAAUGGUCCGUACAAUCAUCGAGGUUAUUUUUGCGGGGUGAGUGAAACGGAAACACAGGAUGCAGCUCGACAGUGUCCAGAUUAGCACACAGCCGCGGACACUCUGUAGUUUCGGUGGACGGUGAAUAAUUCUUAGGGCCGUUUUCGUCACAUUGGGACUUUCGCGGUCUCACAAUUGUGUUGUGACUGCACAAAGGACCACUAUCAAAGACUAGUUUAAAUAAUCAUAGGUACACACCAGUUUUUACACCCAAAAAUUUGAUUUCCAAAAUCGCUCAUUAAUCGUACUUAACUAAAAUCAUUAUGAUAGAAUGCAGCAACGAAUCUUAGAGGAUAAACAGCACAUGAAAUGCUAUGUGCUGAAAGCUAUUUCAUGGCUACGUUCUUCACGAUAGCAACCGAUUUGAACAUCAUGAGUUUUUCAACCUGAGGUGAAGAACAAACGACAUUAGGUUGAGGUUGGAAUUUCUUUUGCUCUUUCCAAAUUUGCACGUAAGUAUCAUCUAAGUGGAACCUCCAACUCUCGGGCUUACAUAGGCUUGAUCUUUUCCAUCUGAAGGUCGUCAUUCCAUCCGCCAAAUCGAUCGAUGCGACAACGAUUUCAUUGACAAUUUGGCAGCUCCUCAUCCACUGCUCACCGUGGUUGACAUCCAAGUCUGGAGGAAGUUUCCCUGUGAAUGAACAUCGAAUGGAACCACUAAAGAUUGAUGCCCGUUUUGUCUCACGAAGAAAGUGAUGCUUUGGUGGAAGCUGCGAGAAGCAUUGUUGUAAUAUGGAGCUUCGUUCCCCUGUGUGGGGUGCAGAUUCGCAUAAGUGAAUAGUGGUCACGUACUGAUCUAUAUUUGAGAGGUUCUGAAGUAGUUGUUGAGUAGGUAGUGGUAUGUACGCUGGUGGGGUUCUUUUUCAGUGAUUGGACUAUUCUUUUUUUGGUAGUUGUUGCAGCCGGCAGUGCCGAAGGAGUUUGAUCUGCGUAUUUUUACUGCACAUAGAGUUUUCCAAAUUGCAUUGGACGUGAACGUUGAGGAGCAAUUCAGUAAAGAUGAGGUGAUGAUUAAUACGGAAUAAGGCACUGCUGCCCUGUGCGCCCCCAGAAGUGCAACAAUGGAGGACGACUUGCUUACAUCCUUUUGCAGGCCUCUAGAAUCAGGAGUUUGGGCAAAAAAAUUGCCUAGUGGCUUCGGGGCUUUCACGCCUUGCCUUGUGGACAGUGCAAUCAUUAACCUGACUUGCAUUGUGCUACUCGUAUUUGCAAUUCAGCGCAUUCGGGCUCUAUUUUAUGGCGUCUCUUUGGAGCGAUUCAAAGUCAGCAACCCAUGGCGCCACGGCCCUGCAUUGCUGCUAGCUUUGUUCUGUGCUGUGGCUCCAUUAACACAAAUUGCGCUCGGAAUCUCGACUGUGAACCUAGAUGGGGAGAGUUCCAUGCCGCCUUUCGAGGUCACAACACUUUUAUUGAUCAGUCUAACAUGGAUCACUAUCUCGGUGAUGCUUGCGGUGGAGCUGAAAACUUACACCAAAACCCUUGUAUGGUAUGUGCGGUUCGCAAUGCUGUAUCUGGUAGUAGCUCAAUCAACGAUGCUGCAAUUUGUUUUUGCGUUGAAGAGUUUCUACUCCGAGGUUGCACUGCAGGUUGCUGUAAGUCAGUAUGCUGCGUCCGCCCUCUUAAGUGUCUACUACCUCUUGCAUUUUCCAAAUUUGGUGCCCCAGACGGAUUACUCUCCAAUUGGGUCUGAGGAUACUCAGACGGAUGGUGGUGUUUACGAACCUCUUGCUGGGGAUCGUGAGGUGUGUCCAGAGAGGAAGGCCAGCAUAUUCACGUUUCUUCUCUUUGGUUGGAUGUCGCCCCUUAUGAAGCUGGGUUACCAGAGGCCUCUUACUGAUAAGGACAUUUGGCUGCUCGAUAAUUGGGAUACCACUGAGCAGCUCUACGGUGCUUUUCAAAAAGCUUGGGAUGAAGAACGUUCUAAACCAAAUCCUUGGUUACUGAGGUCAUUGCAUAAGGCUUUGGGUGCGCGGUUCUGGUUGGGUGGAUUAUUUAAGAUAGGGAACGAUGCAGCUCAGUUCGUGGGUCCAAUCUUUCUGAGUUUACUAUUGGAAUCAAUGCAAAACCGAGAACCUGUAUGGCGCGGAUAUGUUUACUCAGCGUCGAUCUUCCUUGGCGUUAUACUGGGUGUGAUAUGUGAAGGGCAAUAUUUUCAAAAUGUGAUGAGAGUUGGCAUGCGUACAAGGUCUACAUUGGUUGCAGCUGUUUUUCGGAAGUCGUUAUGCUUGACACAAACUGGUAGAAAGGGCUUUACGGCAGGGAAAAUCACAAAUUUAAUGACAACAGAUGCAGAGGCUCUACAACAAAUUUGCCAGCAACUUCAUUCCCUUUGGUCUUCUCCAUUACGAAUCAUCAUUGCGAUCUCUCUUCUAUACAAACAGCUUGGAGUUGCAUCCAUUUUUGGCUCCCUCGUUCUCCUUGUCAUGAUCCCUCUCCAGACGUUUAUGGUAACCAAGAUGCGAAGCUUGUCAAAAGAAGGUUUACAACGGACCGACAAACGGAUUGGUCUUAUGAACGAAAUACUUUCAGCCAUGGAUAUUGUGAAAUGCUAUGCAUGGGAGAAUAGUUUCCGGUCGAAGGUGCUCCAAAUUCGGGAUGAUGAAAUCAGCUGGUUUAGAAAGGCCCAACUCCUGUCAGCUGUAAAUUCUUUCUGUUUGAAUAGUGUUCCUAUUCUUGUCACUGUUUUGGCGUUUGGGUUCUACACGUAUUUUGGUGGUGUUUUGACGCCUGCGAAAGCUUUCACUUCUUUAUCUCUUUUCGCAGUCUUGAGGUUCCCUCUUUUCAUGUUUCCGACCCUCAUUACUGCUGCUGUCAAUGCGAAUGUUUCUCUGAAGCGGCUACAAGAACUGCUUCUUGCCCAGGAGAGAGUGUUGGCUUUGAAUCCGCCACUCCAGACCGGUUUACCUGCAAUUUCCGUGAAAGAUGGGACGUUUGCAUGGGACGCUACCAAUGAGCAGUCAACUCUGUCGAAUAUUAACUUUGAGGUUGAAGUGGGGAGCUUAGUGGCUAUUGUGGGGAGCACUGGGGAAGGGAAAACAUCAUUACUGUCAGCUGUUUUAGGAGAGAUGGCCACAAGGUCUGGAAAUUGUAUUAUUCGCGGUAAAGUUGCGUAUGUGCCACAAGUGUCGUGGAUAUUUAAUGCAACCGUGAGGGAGAACAUCCUAUUUGGACUUCCUUUCGACGCUGACAGGUACAACCGGGCUAUACGUGUGGCUGGACUUCAACGCGAUCUUUCUUUACUUCCAGGGGGGGACCAAACAGAAAUUGGUGAAAGAGGGGUUAAUAUUAGUGGUGGGCAGAAACAACGAGUUUCUAUAGCGAGAGCAGUUUAUGCUGAUGCGGAUGUUUACCUUUUCGAUGAUCCAUUAAGCGCUUUGGAUGCCCAUGUUGCGAGACAAGUCUUUGAUACGUGUCUCAAGGAUGAACUUCGGAAUAAGACGCGAGUGCUGGUCACAAAUCAGCUUCAUUUCUUAUCAAGCGUUGAUAAAAUUGUAUUGAUCCAUCAAGGUGAAAUUAAGGAACAAGGAACUUAUGAGGAAUUGAUGGCUGAUGGUCCGCUUUUUCAGUGCUUGAUGGAGAAAGCAGGAAGCAUGGAAGACUCAGUCGAAGACGAAGAAGUCCAAGUGGAGAAUAGCGGAGAAAUGAAUGGGGAAUCGAAGGCGCAUGAAGGUCCAGCAUUAAAGCGCCGAUCAAGUUCAAAGAAAGACCCCAAAGAUGCUGCCAAGGAUAAACUAUCGAAGUCUACUCUCAUCAAAACUGAAGAACGUGAAACAGGAGUUAUUUCAUGGAAGGUCCUCGCUCGUUACAAUGCGGCCAUGGGGGGUGCAUGGGUGGUUGCUGUGCUCUUUAUUUGCUACAUAGCGACUGAAGCCUUUCGGCUUAGCACAAGUGCAUGGUUGUCUGUUUGGACAGAUGCUAUAGCGCCCAAAACUCAUGGACCUAUGUUUUAUCUGGAAGUUUACUCCGGUCUCUCCUUCGGUCAGGUGUGCAUCACUCUAGGAAAUUCUUUUUGGCUGGUGUUCUCAAGUCUCUCAGCCGCACAAUAUUUACACAAUGGGAUGAUGGGCUCCAUACUUAGGGCCCCGAUGUCUUUCUUCCACGCAAAUCCCGUAGGUCGAAUAAUUAAUAGAUUCUCUAAAGACACAGGAGAUAUUGAUCGGAACGUGGCUGUGUUCGCCAAUAUGUUCUUGACUUCCUGGUUCUCACUAAUCUCCACCUUUUUCCUUAUUGGAUACGUGAACACCAUCUCUCUGUGGGCAGUACUACCGUUGUUGCUGUCUUUCUACUCGGCAUAUCUUUACUUUCAAGCUACAGCACGCGAAGUAAAGCGUAUGGACUCGAUCACCCGGUCACCUGUGUAUGCCCAGUUUGGCGAGGCAUUAAAUGGCCUAUCGACAAUCAGGGCCUACAAAGCUUAUGAUCGUAUGGCAAGAAUGAAUGGCCAAGCUAUGGACACAAACGCUAGAUUUACAGUUGUCACCAUGAGCUCGAACAGGUGGCUUGGUGUAAGGCUGGAGUUUCUUGGGGGUCUUAUGAUAUGGUUGACAGGAUCCUUGGCAGUCUUUGGAAACGCGAGGGCAAGCGACCCUGCUGCAUUUGCUCCUCAAAUGGGUCUCCUCCUAUCUUACGCUUUGAAUAUCACCAAUCUGAUGACUGCAGUUCUGAGGUUAGCGAGCCUUGCUGAAAACAGCUUCAAUGCAGUAGAAAGAGUUGGAAACUAUAUUGACCUAGAGCAGGAAGCCCCGCUAGUGAUUGAAGACCACAGACCACCUCCUGGAUGGCCAUCUGCUGGGAAAGUUGAAUUCAAAAAUGUUGUCAUGAGGUAUCGCCCCAAUCUUCCGCCUGUUUUACAUGGUGUUUCAGUUGAGAUUCGCCCAAUGGAGAAAGUGGGUGUUGUUGGUCGAACUGGGGCUGGAAAAUCUAGCAUGUUUAACACACUAUUUCGUGUUGUCGAACCCGAGACCGGUAGUAUCCUGAUCGAUGGCAUUGACAUUCGCUCUUUGGGACUGGCCGAUUUGCGCAAGAACCUUGGGAUCAUCCCUCAAACUCCUGUUCUCUUCUCUGGCACAAUCCGCUUCAAUUUGGACCCUUUCAAUGAGCAUUCGGAUGCAGAUUUAUGGGAGUCUCUUGAGAGAGCUCAUUUGAAGGACGUUGUGCGAAGAAAUGCUCGUGGGCUAGAAGCUGAGGUCUCGGAAGGUGGUGAGAAUUUCAGUGUUGGACAAAGACAAUUGCUCAGUCUGGCCCGAGCACUUCUUCGCAGAUCAAAAAUACUGGUUCUUGAUGAAGCCACUGCCGCAGUUGAUGUUGGAACUGAUGCUCUUAUCCAGAAGACGAUUCGUGAGGAGUUCAAGUCUUGCACAAUGCUCAUCAUUGCUCAUCGAUUGAAUACAAUCAUUGACAGUGAUCGGAUUUUGGUCCUUGAUGCUGGGCGAGUGGUGGAGAUGGACACUCCUCAAAAUCUGAUAAUGAACGAAAGCAGCAUGUUCGCAGGUAUGGUGCGGAGCACUGGGCCCGCUAACGCAAGGUAUUUACAAAGAAUAGCAAUGGGAGAUGUUGAUCGAAUUGCAGAGAUUGAGAGGGAAGCAACGGCUCAAAAGGUGAAGUGGGAGGCAACCUCACGAUGGGCAAGAGCUGCUCAGUGGGCGCUAGCAAUGAGCCUCACAACCUCUCAGGACGACUUGGCCUCCGUUUGCGUAGAUGGCGAAGAAACAAUUUUAGAGGCUACACGGGACGCUACCAGAACAUUGCAUCAGGUUUUACUUGGUCAUCAUGAUACAAGCAUCAGGGAGACACUACUUCAGCGCCAAGCAACAGAAGAGAGUUGGUGGUCUGCCCUAACCCGUGUCCUUGAAGGCUUUGCUGUUAUGGGAAGAGAAGGUCGGAACCGUAUUUCACAUGAUCAGGAUCGUGAGCCCAUUGAUUGGAGCCAAGUUUCACUUAUUGGUAAUCAAGUCAUGUAGAAACGCGAAUGUUUAUCUAUCUAUAUUGCUGGAUUCAUAGAGCCGUUCUCACGUACACGGAGUUUCGUAGGGAUUUUCAAUUUUUUGACGAAAACUAGUAAUUGUUAAGCCUUUUUUAUUUACAAAUACUUAUCUUCCAUAUCAGUUACAUACUUUAGGUGUUACAAUGGUCCUUGCAGCUUUAUCACUCUGAAUUAUGUAAUGACAAUUGAAUGCAAGUCUUAAACACAAUUUCGUUAUCCUUCAACAUUAA